AUGCUGCCAUUGUUCUUUUUUUCGGCUGUAAAAUUACAGCUGCUCCGAAGUCUCUGUCGUGGUACUCCUUACGAAGUUUAUGAAUUUAAAGAAAUAUACAUUGAUAUGAUUUUUUUAAAGACUAAUAGGGACGUAAAACAUUUUUAUGAUAUAAGGAAGUGUAGCCAAGAUAUACAUGAAAAUAAAAAAUAUAUGAAUAGGGAAGUCUUUGAAUGCUUCUCAGAGUAUCUAAUGGUAUCAAUAGACCUUGCUGACCAAAGAAAUGUGUCAUUCGAUAACAUGAGAAAAACGUUAAACAAAUUUAAUGAUAAAUUUGAUGAAAUGAUUACAUAUCAGGUGAAAAAGAAUUGUAAAGAUGAUGCGUUACGGUGUUUAAAAGAAAUCCAUGAGUUGUCAUAUGAUACAAUACAAAGGACAAUAGACACUUUAACUAAGUUUCAUGAUUCGUACUUGAAUAAACUACCGUACUGGAAAAACAGUGGAAAUACGGAUGAGCAAAUAGUAGAAGAUAUUCGUUUAUUAAUGGAAAAUGAAAGAAAACAGAUAAAAAAAAUUAAGGAAGAUGACAAAAACUUGUCCCAGAAAAUUACUGAACUUACAGAUCAAUUGCGCGAGUGUCUCGAAAGAAAGGGAAAUUUAUUUGAAAUUAUGUUCUGUUUUCAUUAA